AUGGCCAAUGCCAUCAAGAUGGGGUACUCGCCCAGCCCUAGUACCCAGUACCGGAACUCCCGGUUCUACCGGAAGAGUUGUCAGUGCCGGCACCAGGCCUCCAGUACCGGAUCUGGGAAGGACCCGACACCAACGGUUUUUUACCGGGCCACGGGAAGUGUGCAGUGUGUGGGCCUUGGCCUGGCAGACACACAGUCUCUGACCUCUCGUCCUGGUGUCACUCUCAAUAAAGGCACUGGCGGUUCUCUCGAGAACAAGGAAGAAGAAGAAAUUCGAGAACUGGCGGUUCUCGGCACUCAGUGCCAGGAAAGGACCGGCACUGGUUUCGCCGAAAAACCUUCAGCUGUGUCUUGUGACCAGCCACGCUUCUCGGGAGACAACUCCUCUGUGUCAUUGACGUGUGAGACGGACAGAGUGUACCCACAAGCUCUGUGUCAGUUCUACUGGAAAUUAUUGGCCGGGGGACCAGUAGGCCGAAUUGACAACACUGACGUGCAGUACUCUCAUACAGCGGUCAGAUCUAGCUCUGUGACAUACUACAGGUCCACAUGUAACCAGACUGUCCCUCUAUCAAGUCUACAGGCCGGUGAUAUCACAUUUACUGUCAACAUGUACCCAGAGUUUCCAGGAAGUGACACAACUUACGGUACAACCAACGUAGGCUCACCUGUCAGCAUCACCCUGUCCAAGUCAGGAGAGAGUUUUACCUGCCGAGGCAGCUCACCCAUUAGAAUUGGAUUCAAUCCUCUAGCAGAUGAAACAUACUCUCCGAAUGUAGCGUACGGACCAACACAAGUCACUGUAUCUCUCGUCGACGGACAAGGAGAAUCUCGCACCCUUUGUCCAUCACAUACUUUGUCUAUACCAGUCGUGUGCCAAACGCCUCUCGUUAACAUUAGCCCAAAGCCAAGGUGUAGUAUCCUGGUCACAAAAUCUGGCCUGACUUCGUAUACAGAGGACUUUUCUGCUGACCAAGGGCAAGUACAAAGUGGACAGUACACGUUCUCUUCUGACGUGCCUGUGACGGAGGCUGGUGACUACGUGGUGACGUGUACGAUGUACAACUCUGUGUUUGGCGAUCUGACCGACAGUGACAGUAUUGAGCUGUCCGUCACAGAUCCCGUGAUAAGUCACCCAGUCUUCACCGUCAACGGAAAAGUGAGAGAUGAACAAAUCGUCCCCGGAGACAACGUUACCGUCACUUGUAGCGACACUGGGGUGAUUGGUGAACACAUUGACUUGUUGUGCAUUAACAACCGCGUCAACAUCAACCCAGAUGACGAGGAUAAGAUAGAGUUUUUGUCAGUCAGGACAGCUGAUAAUGGCACGGUUUGCGUCUGUAAGUGGACGUCAACACUGGGCUGUCUCCUUCAGGGGACUAAAACUUUAACAGUAACUAUUUCUUUGUCCGAAUCUGAACUCGGGGGAGACGAUGGAGAUUCUGAAUUCCCCGUAACUUUUGUUGUCAUUGCUGCACUGGGCGUGCUGUGUGCUGUUCUUGCGGUGAUCAUCGCUGUCUUGGUCAUCAGACGUCGAAGAAAUCAAUCAAAAAACGCCUACGAUGAGAUAGAUGUAGAACCAGUCACAGCACCCGACGGACAACUGCAAACAACUGUCACCUUCUCAAGGUCAGCACAAGAAAAUCAAGGCCAUACUACAGAUUCCAGUUCGCCAUAUUUGUUUCCAGACCUGGUUCCGCCGAGCACUCCUCGAGCUCCUUCACAUGUUCAAGAAAAUCCUUACCUUGAGAUCGACGAAGAACGUAUGGCUGCGUAUUUGUUUGAACAGCCACCAAGUCAUCCAAGGACUCCAGCAGCGAACAACCUGUACAGCGUCCCCAGGACAGGAGCUUCUCCAUUACCAGCCACGUCAACGAGCGGAGAGAAAGAUGGAUACACAAGAAUGGACGUUCCAUCGGCAAAGGAGAAAACAAGAGCCACACAUCAGUACAUGAACGUCAACACAAACAAGGCCUACUGAGACAGAUUGUCAGCGCGGCAAGUCAUGAGAGGCAACGUCAAGCUCAUGUUGUUUAACACUUCAAAUACUUGUCACCUUGUGACCGGCCCGCUCAUAGGACUUUAUGCAAUUGCGAGUGUCGUAAAAAAAAGAGCGUUGUGCUGCAGCAUCGAAUAAGACAAAAUUUCUAUUCGAAACAGUUUCGUUUGCCGUCAGUAAAUUAUGGUUUAUUUUUAGAAAUGUGUGUACCUCUGAAUUACAAAGUGUGACAUUUCUGGUUAAAACUUUGUUGUCAUGUAUUUGCAGUAGCCCUUUUUACACGUGAGGAGGCAAUUGGACAGGAUUUGCAGAAAUUAUAAUUCGGUGAUUUCUUUCUUUCCUAGUUUGGCCUCCAGAUCUCCCUGCCUACAAUUUUUUUUGUCUUUUUUUAACCCUUCCCUUUCUGGGAUAUGGCGUACACCUCUUCUUCAGCUCAGUCUGGAACUGUCUGUACAUGAUUUAGACCGUCAACGAAUACCCAUUGUUUGGGGUGAGGGUUGCACAUUGCCCGGUGAACAUCGCUGUGAAACACCCCACAAACAUAAGUUGAUGCUAUGACGGUCCUACACAGAUUAUUAUCAUUGUGAUGUGAAAUGGCUGCGUUCUUCAACAAAGAUUUUCUGGAUAUCAUCUGCCAAAGUAUCUGCUGCACCUGAGUCUGGUUUCUCCUGUAUGGCGGAAAAUGCAAAGUGUCGUCAUGUAAGACAAAUCAGUUCGAACCAUGCCUGGCAGUAUGUUUGUAAGCUCUAGUUAGGCCCAGUUUUUGGAAUUUUGAAAACCCCUGAUCAGACACUUAACAGUGGGUACUCGAAUGAAAUUUAAACGGAAUAACGUGCCAGUCCUACUUUUAAAAACAAACAACUUCCAGUUGGAGUUUUGACAAUAUACUAGAUCUAAUAAUAAUUAUUCAUAUUAGUCGUGAAUGUUGUGCGAUCUGCUCCCGUCACGGUAUGGUAAUCGACAACUCCCUCCCCCCACUCCCCCCUUCCCUUCUUUUUAAGCAAGCUUAAUUCAGGUCUUUCCAUGUCGCUCACACGCAUGACAAUUGCGCAGCGUCACAUGUGAACUGAAAAAAUUCCGAUUUCCGUGAAAAACAAAACAAAAAACACCCAAGCUGUCUGUAUUUAUGCCAUCCAUGAUGACUGUACGCACUUCUGACAGUUUCAAAAUCGAUCAACUUUUUGUGAAUGAUGUAUCUGUUGUCUUUUGAACCUGAAAGCUAAAGAAAAUAAUUCUGUUUGUGUAUGUUUUUGUAUAUAUUUAGAAAUGCACUGAUAAACAACAUAUAUUAUCUAUUUGAAAUGAAGGGGGGGGGGGUUAAUACAAUUCUACAUUGUGAUCUCAUGUUGUGUAUCUUUGAAUGUAAAACGCACUUGUAUUUAUUAUUGUCCAAGCGAGCUUUUUAGAGACAAAGGCUAUGGUGUUAUUUCUUGCAUCUGUAGAGUAAUUUUUCUACUUGUAUGAUUCUUAUGUCAUGUCAUUUCUGGCAGAUUGUUUUAAACUUUACAUUAAAGUUGGUUAGGUCAAUUCUGUUAUUUGUAAAAAAGGAAACUUAAAACUUCGAUUUGUCUCUUUCAGUCUUCAAUACAAUUGACUCUACUUGUGUUGAACUCGCUUGGGUUGAUCUUCGAAAUGAUCUUUUUCUCGGAUCCCAGCACCUUUUUUUUACAUUAAGUCAAACGGUUAUGUUGAGUUCAAUUUCAAAUAUAAACACGCCUGAGUUGAAAUACUUUUUUUUUACACCCGUUGCAAGUAGACAAAGGUUGUAUUGAUUUUUAAUAUUGAUUGAUUGAUUGAUUGAUUGAUUGAUUGAUUGAUUGGUUGAUUGAUGAUGAAAUGGU